AUGAAGACGACAAAAGGUCCGAACAAUCAGUUCCACUUUGAAACCUGGCGACUCUUCGAUCCAAUCUACCUUCUUUUCUGCGUUCCCGUCACCAUUCACUACAUUUUCGUGCUUCGAGUCAUCCGCAAACUGCGCGAUUCCAACGGCUACUACUUCAUCUUUUUCCUCGUGGGCCUUUCCGAUGUGAUUUACUGUUGUGCUAUGCUCACUUGCGAACUGUUGAACUUCACAAACUCCCUGCCGCAAGUGUUUUUCGUCUUUUUCGUCGUUGUCACCUACUUCGGAGUUUUUUUCAAUCUUCUCUCAAACACCCUUCUCGCCAUCAACAGAUUCUGUGCCACGUGUGUCUGGUACAAUACGGUAAGUGACAUGAAAUACCGAAUGAGCAACUUUCUUCUUUCAGUACUUUGACCAUCAUUACAUCAAGCUCUACUUCAUUCUCAUAUUCUUCGUUUCCUUCGUCGCCACUCUUCCUGGCGGUGUUCUCAUGUUUAUCUACUUGUACUUGGACUUUAGUCUCAACGCUCAGUACGAAAAGUCCGGUAGGCACAGAGGUAUCCUUCGGUACGAACAGAACACAUUCUAAGGUUGGGGCUCGUUCAAUCUACACCGAACCAUCAUAAUCGCCAUCAUGCUUUCCGAUGCUUUGACUGGCAUUCUGAGCACUUCCUGCACAGUUUAUCGUCUGAGAAAGUACAAAAUAAACUAUGACAAAGUGAGGGACACAGGAUUUCAAACGAUAUCCAUUUGAUUCAGAGCCUUCUCCUCGUUACUUUCUUCCACAUCUUCCCAGAUCUUCUCGUUGCAUUUUUCAAUCUCGACCUGAUUUUCCAGUUUACCGGAGCAUCACAGUUCACAAAUGAGCUGGUAAGAUGGACAUGGCAAGUAAAACGAGUUGUUCUCUUCCAGAGUCGGAUGUUUCUCUUCUUUUUGGUUUCCUUCAACAGUUUGACCAUCGUUUGCACGAAUCGAGUGAUUCGUACCGAAUACCUGAAAGUGUUCGUGUUCUGGAAGCAAGCUACUGUCCCUCCGGUGAAGGGAAUAUCAAUCACCGCCUCUAAUCUCACUCCUGUCGAUAGAGUUACCGUGUUCUGA